AUGUCUCCCAUGGAGGUCUCUAUGCUCACCUCUCCAAACCUUUUCCUCCUAAUCUUCUGCUACUAUAGCUUCUUGUGGAGUAUAACCAACCCAGUUUCAGUCUCAGCCACCAUUUCUUCUGAGAACUUAACGUUCAGCUUCGUUGGUUUCGACCCGAAUGGCCACGACAUUCAUUACGAAGGAAAUGCAUACUCUUCCAACAAUGUCAUUCAGCUUACCAUGAACCAGAGAGACAUGCCUCUCGAUGGAAGUGUUGGUCGUGCUACCUACAAAGAUCCUCUCCAUCUUUGGGAGAGUGUCCACAAGAAUCUUGCAGACUUCACCACCAACUUCUCCUUCUCAAUCGACUCACAGGGAAGUCACCCUUAUGGCGAUGGCUUUGCCUUCUUCCUCGCCCCAAAUGGCUCGAGUCUUCCGCAUUACUCAGGAGGUAGGAACUUUGGUCUCUUGAAUUCCAACAAGAGUGAUCUAGAGUACUCAACACCAACAUCAACAGCCAACAAUUUCGUUGCUGUUGAGUUUGAUACCUACUCGAAUGUAUUAUCGGAGGAUCCGGGGGGGAAUCACAUCGGCAUCGAUGUAAACUCCGUUAUAUCUCAAUUCACUACUUCAUGGUGGUGGAGUGACAUAGAACACGGUGGGAAAGUUCAAGCAGUGAUAAGUUACAAUUCAACCUCCCACAAUUUGACUGUUUUUCUAGUUGAUGAAGGAGAUUCUGAAGUUUCUCCAAGAAACUCCUCUAGCUUCUCUUUCAAUAUUGAUUUAAGAGAGCAUCUACCAGAAUGGGUUACGAUCGGUUUCUCGGGAUCGACCGGAAAUCUAUUCGAGAUUCAUACGAUUAGCUCGUGGAGUUUCAACUCUAGAUUACAAGUUGAAGUGAAUGUUACCACCACAACUGAUCCAGCUAGCUCUCCAGUUCACUCCACUAUAGGAAUUUCCAUGAAAUGGCUCAUGAUAAUCUUGGAAGUGGCACUUCCACUCAUUCUAAUCUUGGGGUUUGCUUGGUUUUGGAUAUGGAUCAUGAAGAGAACCAUUAGAAGAAGAAGCCUGAGAAGGGACCAAGAGGAAGAUCUUGAGAACGAAACAGGGCCAAGGAAGAUUUCAUAUAAAGAUCUAUCAGAAGCAACCAACAAAUUCAGUGAUGAAAAUCUAUUGGGAGAAGGAGGAUUCGGGAAGGUAUACAGAGGAUUUCUAGACAACAGGGAACUUGAUGUAGCAGUGAAGAGAAUCACUCCAAACAACCUCCAUCAAGGCUCAAGAGAAUUUGCAUCAGAAGUGAAAACAAUCAGCAAAUUAAGGCAUAAGAACUUGGUAGAACUGAUUGGAUGGUGCUGCAGCAGGAACGAAGAAUAUCUCAUAGUCUACAAAUUCAUGCCAAACAAGAGCUUAGAUUUCCAUCUAUUUCAGCAAAACAAUCUCCUAACAUGGAAUCACAGAUACAGAAUCACAGUAGGUUUAGCCUCGGCACUACACUAUCUACAAGAAGAACAAGAUCCAUACGUUCUACACAGAGAUAUAAAAUCAAGCAAUAUCUUACUAGAUGCCGAAUUCAACGCGAAACUCGGCGAUUUCGGGCUUGCUAAACUCGUAGAUCGUGGAAAACCAUCAACAUCCACCACGCUACGAGGAACAGAAGGUUAUGUAGCACCAGAGUACCUGCAAAGCAGCAUUUCAAGUAAAGAAUCCGACAUCUACAGCUUCGGCAUCGUGUGUUUGGAAAUCGCCUGCGGAAAACGAGCCCUAGGUGAAACGAGAGAAGACGGAAGGAAAUGUUUGAUAAAGCUAGUUGAAUGGGUGUGGGAUUAUUACCGACGAAGGAGUGUGAUUGAGGCCGCGGAUCCAAAAUUGCGCCAAAUUUUCAAAAGAGAUGAGAUGAAGCAACUGUUGAUCGUCGGACUUGCUUGCGCUCAGCCCGAUUUCUGUCUGCGGCCUUCGAUCAAACAGGUGAUCGACAUGCUUAACUUCAAAUCUCCAUUGCCGAAUCUGCCAUUGGAAUAUCCCGGAUUCUCGACAUCUGCGGUGUUUUUGAGUGCGCAAAUGGAAUCAUUAUGUUCAUCGGCGUGUUCAGAGAACGGUAAUCUCCAUGGCAAUAGCAUAUCUUCCAAGAUUUCCACAGCUUCUUCCACAUUUUCGAAUUUGGGAUUAUUUCGAUCUCAACUGUGAAUCUUCUUCCUUCUUUCAUCUCUUGAACAAUUUACUCAUUUUUUAUGCAACCAUAGUGAGAAACAUUAUGUAAUCUGUUUUUAGAAUGCAAUAAAUUAUUUUGAA